CUCAGCCGACUUGGACUUGAAUGAGGUGAGCUCAGAAGCCCGUCAGACAGACGGAUACAAAGUAGCACAAGCUGUUCACAAACAUCGGAGAUACUGGAGUACCGACGGCAGGCUGCGGCCCGGGGAGGGGGGGAGGACGAAGGCAACUGUGACCCCAGACCCCUGACUUCCACCCGCAAAGAAUUUACCAAGAAAGAAAAUAUCGUUUUUAUGUGAUUUCUGCACCGUCGCGCGCGCUAGAGAAGUGAACUGGAGAGAGAUCUUCGAUACGUUUUUCUUCUACAUUUCCAGAUUUAAAUGUUCAACUUCAUGGGUCUAAUAAACGGUACAGCGGCCAUCCAGACCAAUGUAUCCUGUACAUGUAACUGCAAACGCUCGACUUCAUUCCAAAGCAUGGAGAUCACCCAGUUGGAGUUUGUGCAGAUCCUGGUGAUUGUGGUGGUGAUGAUGGUGAUGGUGGUGGUGAUCACAUGCCUGCUCAACCACUACCGCCUGUCAGCACGCUCCUUCAUCUCCAGGCACAGCCAGGCUCGCAGGCGCCAACUACCGCUGGCCUCAGAUGGGAGUCUGUGGUCCUCAGAUGGCCCAGGGUCCACCAGUGGAAUGAGCGAGCAGCAGGUGUACACCCCCCGGCCCCCGGACCGCGGCCCUUCCUACCUGCAGAGGGAGCGUCUGGCCCGCUUCCAGCCCACCUACCCCUACCUGCCCCAUGCCAUCAUUGACCUGCCGCCCACCAUAUCGCUGUCGGACGGCGAGGAGCCCCCGCCCUACCAGGGCCCCUGCACCCUGCAGCUUCGCGACCCUGAGCAGCAGCUGGAGCUUAACAGGGAGUCGGUGCGCGCGCCCCCCAACCGCACUGUCUACGACAGCCACCUCCUCGAUACCUCCCUGUGCCCGCCGCCCAGCCUCAAUGCAGGAGUCAGUGCUACCACUGUAGCCACAUCCGCACAGGCCUACUCCAGCCGAGUGGAAGGGGCGCCGCCGACUUAUAGUGAGGUUAUAGGGCACUACUACCACCCCUCUUCCCUGCCCAGGCACCACCACCAGACUUCCAGUGGCAGUGGGGUCAUGGGGGGCGGAGGCGGGUUAGGAAGCCCGGGUCCCUCGCUGCUCCAUGGGAUACUCCAGCAGGCCCACCUGGGCAGCUUGGAGAGCAGGAACGCACGCAACAAAAAGGAGAAGCAGAAGCCUCGGCAAGUGUGACGGCAGUGUUGGUGUCGGCUGUUUAUUUCUUUCUCUGCGCACUUCAGCUGAACUGUUGGUGUCAGGCAGGGUUGGGGAGGGGAGGUCGACAUGGGGUGGCAGGGGGAGGCAGACGCAAAAAAAAGAAAUGCCUCCCCUCUGAACUUUACCCCCCCGGUCACCGUCAUAACUGACAACCGUCGCCCCUGACUUACUUUGUAUAAAUAUUUACUUGUUCUUUGUUGCUCCGUGCUUACAGCUUUUUUUCUAUACUGACAAAUGCGAAAACAAAAAAAGAGUUACAUUUUUUAUUUUAUUUUGUAUUUAGGUUUUUGUUUUUGUAUCCCUUUUGCAUCAUUUCUAGUCACUUAUCUCCUUGUAGUUUAUCCUUAGUUGCUCCCAGAGUCUUUUAGAAUGACCAGGUCUUCCUUUUUUUAGAUGCAGAUGGCUCUUUUAGUGAUCCGCCACCUAACCCCGUCUAGCUUUGUGUGCUGUGUACAGGCUUGUACAGUGCAUUGAUAGCAAUCUUGUAUCAGGUUGCCAGAUUCAGGCUUUCACGGGUUGCCAGAUCGAAGCUCAUAUGUUAUCCCUAGUUAGCCUCAGCUCAUGACCCAGUUGGCCACAGUGUAGACACCCCCGUCGCUCAUCAAUCCACAUCAAAGGGUGGUCAGCGUUGGCAUCCAUGGAAACACAUGAUUGACAGCUGACUGGGUCUGUGUAUCAACAUGUGCACUGGAAUAGAGAGUCCUUUGAGGUCAAUUGAGUACAGUACUUUGCCCACUGUAGUGCUUUAUGGCUAUCUUGCUGUACUAUCUGGACCCAUUUGAGUUUAGUACUGUACUUUGGGUCUUGUCCAGUCGAUUUUAGUACUGUCUUUGGGUCUUUGGACAGACAAGUUCAGGAGUUCCCGUGUGCAAAUGCUCUUCAUUUUUUUCUGGAUCUUUUUUAAAGAGAUGUUUGCACAAGAUUCAAGACUGUUUAUCUGGAGAAAAAGAAAAGAAGUCUGCAAUAUGUAUCAUAAGAGAGGAGAGUGUGAGCAGGGGUAUUUUUGUAAACAUGGAUUCUAAAGAGAAAAAUACAUUUUUUGUUUUUUAUUUUUUGUCUGCUCUAGAAAUAAAAGUGAAAACGGUCAUCUGUUGGGGUGCCAACUCAAAUGUGUUUAACAUUGUGCUAUCUAUACAUAUACAUCCGUAUGUAUAUGUAUCAAUGUAUGUGUGUAAACAUGUAUACACGUAUAUAGAAACGGAAAAACAAAGUUAAAAAGCACGAUUUUAGAGUUAUUUAUAUAAUUGUUGAAAAUAAUUGCACUAUUUUUUUAUAUAA